GCCACUCUCAGACUUCUCUCUGCUUUAAGCAUCGGAUAAUGCGAUUCGAUUAAUCUCGAUCCAUCGGCACAGUAAUAAUCGAUUGUCACUGUUUACAAAUUGUUAUGAAAAACUGCUGUCUGUUGUUUGACCAUUGUUUCCGGCGUCGUUUGUAAGCACGUAUACACUCUCAUGCAGAUGUUCAGGUAAUAUGCGUGCCACGCUCGAAAAUUUCAAUUAUGUCGCGUUUAUGCGCCGGGCUUAGGGAUAGCGAUGCGGAAGAUAGCGUGUCGGGUGUCUGCACAACGACGCUGUUGCUGCGACAGAACGCCUCGUGACCAACGGUUUGGAUUUUCGCGCUAAGUCGCUCAUGCCAAGAUCCAGCUACGAAGCCAUCGUAAAUCUGCAAUGUUUCGCGCGCCGUGAACGAUCGCAACAUGUUUGUGACGAAUCUAGUAAAGGAUUUCUACGAUGUGAUCCAAAGAAGCAGAUGUUUACUUUUGGUGAACUUUGACGUUGAUGCAAUCUGUGCCUGUAGAAUAUUACAACAUCUUUUAAAAAAUGAUCAUGUGAUAUAUACCCUUGUACCUGUUCGAGGCAUUCAAGAUAUGAUCAAUGCCUUUGAAGAAAAUUGCGAAGAGAUAAGGAAUGUUAUUAUGAUAAAUUGUGGUGGUACUCUAGAUUUAGUAGAACUACUUCAACCAGGUGAAUCUAUGAUAUUUUUUAUUCUUGACAGUCAUAGGCCCUAUGAUUUAUGUAAUAUCUAUUCAGAAAAUCAAAUACGUAUUCUUGGUAAAUCUGAUGAAGACAAUGAAAUCCCAGAAUAUAAUGAUAUAUUCCGAGAUGAUAGUACAGAUGAGGAGGAUGAAAAUGAAGAAUCAGACAAUGAAAAUGAAAAUGCUCAAAACAAAAGACGAAGAUUAAAUGAAGAAGACAUCCUAAGGCGAAGUGAACGACGAAAAUGGAUUGAGAACAGAGCGACGAUUCUCUUUAAUUAUUCACAAUACAGCUAUUAUGGAAAAUCAAGUGCGAUACUGGUUUUUGAGAUGGCUUGGAAUAUGUCAAAAGAUAACUUAGAUAUGGCAUGGUGGGCUAUAGUUGGUUCAACAGAGCAGUCUAUUCUUAAUAAGGUAGAGUCACGAAUCACUGUUCUUGAAGAGGGUUCCCUUCAAGCUCAUGUUUCAAGACUGACGCACAGACAAGGUGCUGAUAUCAAUAAACAACAGCAACAAAGCACUGUUAAAGUUACUUAUGAUAAAGACCUUCAAUUAGCAUUGUAUCGCCACUGGACUGUUGAAGCUAGCUUAAAAUAUUCAAUGUCGACCUCGGUGUCACUACGUCUUUGGUCGAUUAGAGGAGAACAGCGUUUGAAAGAAGUUUUAGCUGAAAUGGGUUUGCCUCUGGUGCAAUCUAGACAAUUGUUUCGUGCAAUGGAUCUUACUUUUAGACAGGAAUUUAAGCAGAUGGUUGAAAAAUUGGCUGGCAAAUAUAAAGUUAAUAGUAUCAUCGGCAGUAGUUUUACCCUUCAAUAUGGUUAUCGUUUCAAGUACUGUGCCUCGGAUAUGGUAUAUGCGAUGUUGGCUUUAUUGGAUUCCACGACAAAGGACCGACAACCACAACGUUGCUUCUUAGAUACACUGGACUGUUUGUCGCGUACGAACAAAGAUAUUGUAGAAGACGGUAUAGAGAAAGCAAAGCUGAUGCUUCAUAACAUCUUUAAAACGGCACAGAGCAUACUAGAAGCUAAGCAAAUACAAAACUUUAGUUCCUUUCUGUAUCUUAAUGUGCCGGAUGGAAAUAUAGAUACUCAUUUAUUCGCGCAUUCUCAUCCUUUGAUUAUGUUAGCUCAAUUUGCUCUCAAGGCAUAUGUGAAUUCUUCGAGAAAUAGACACGCGCCUGAAUGGCCACUCGUAGCUUCUGCAAUGGUCAGUACAGAGGAAGGCUUGUGUCUCCUUGUUGGUAUACCACCAGUUUGUGAAGAUCAACCCAGAAGUUUAUUUGGGAAAGCAUUCGAGCAAGCUGCAAAAAAUAAAAAUUGUUACAUAGAAGCAGACUACUUUGAUAGUACAAUAAUAAGACUGAAGGUCGAGGAAAGGACCAAGUUUCUUGAUGCUCUGGCAGCGCUCCUUACGUGAUGAUCGUCAUAAACACAUAAUUAUUAAAGGGAAACGGUGCGACAGUCUUAUUAAUCAAAUUUUUAGUUAGCGCGACCAUUAAUACAAUCCAAUGCAACUUUAUUGCUCAUGACAUACGGUGCCUUUUUAAAAAAAAAUGCAAUUUCUGUACAUUUUUUAAUCAACGACGUAGUAGCUUUAUAAUUGUAAAAUAUUUAAUAUAUAGACUAGAGGACCGAUAUAUGUGAAUCAAUAGCGUUUCAUGUGAGUAUAAUGUAUGUUGUAUAGGAAAGACUAAGGUACAACAGUAAGAUAAGGUAUAAAAAAAUCAUUCUUGUUCCAACAACAUAUAAAUUAGUAAUUUAAGAGAAAUAUGAUAAAUUAAGCAAUUUUAUAGAAAAGAACUCGAAAACCGAUAAAAAGAGAUAUAAAAUAAAAUAAUUACAUUUGCGCUACUUGACAGCUACUUGAUAUUUUGCUUAUACUUAUUGUAAAUGUAUAAAGUAGGAAAUUUGUGUACGACUAUAUGUAUAUAGAUAUUGUAUUGGAUCUUCGAAUACCUGUAACAUAACUAUCAAAAUGCGACUCACAAAUUACAACGAUGAACAGGCUAUUUCAUAAACAUAAGAGCAUUCAAAGUGCGCCCACUCGGCAUUUAUUAAGUAAUAUAUAAUAUAUUAACGUAUUCGUGUGCGUGUGUACACUUAAAAAUACAAUUUGAUCGAUUUA